CCCGGAGCCAACACGUCAUCCUGAAUCUGUCAGCGUUUCUCCCGCCGCCAUAACCCAGGGACAGAAAGUGUCUGUCCGAUAAUCGAUGAUCGAGCGUGGAGGAGGCUCGCGCGGCAGGUAGCUGAUAAGGUUAGCUUCUAGCGGCUCAGAUGGAUGAUGUGGAGAUUGAAGACGUCGAUGGGGAAUACUCUCCUCCCCACCGAGCUCCCCUGAAGAACCAGGACAUAAGUACUGUGGUCUACAUCGUAGGAGAGUUCCUGGCCCAGUACGGGUGGCACCUUCUGGUUCUGACUGUGGGGGUCUACCUGCUCAUCCAACACCUGAAGAAGAGGAGGUCCAGACAUAGUAACCACUACACCCAACCUCCUACACCACAAGAUGCAGAUGUAGUUGCGAGAAGACAGGAGGCAAUGGAAGCCGCUCGGAGGAAGAUGCAGGAGGAGCUUGAUGCCAAAUCAGCCGUCUUCAAAGAGAAACAGAAACAGCAAGAAGAAGAGAGAAGGAAGCAGAAGAUAGAGAUGUGGGAGAGCAUGCAGCAGGGAAAGAGCUGCAAAGGAACUACCCAACUUCCUCAGAACCCCGAGGAGGCCGGUCCAUCAUCAACCGGACUGAAACCAAAGACGGACAAGAAGCCGCUUCGCAGUGCCGACUACAACCCCCUGACUGGACAGGGUGGAGGUUCCUGCUCCUGGAGGCCGGGCAGGAGAGGGCCGUCAUCCGGUGGAUGAGGGUAAAUAAAGUUUGAGGCGCUGGUCUCCGUGACCGUGGACCUCUUACAGUCUGUGCACACUGGCUGACUGAACCAAGCUGACAACGAAACCAAACCACGUUUUCAUUUCUGUUUCCACCACCGUAUGAUUUUACGUUCUGUACUGUUAGGAUGACCUGAUUCUGUGUUCAGUUGGAAGCUUGUAAUGAAGCCGCUCCUGGAAAUGGAUUUUAACCAACAGGUUCGGCUGAUUAACUUCACUGCCAGUGUGUUUAUUUUACUUCCCACAUGUGUUUAUCGCCAUGUGCCACCACAGAAGAAGAGUUUAUAUUUGAGGACAUUGUGUAAGUGUAAGAAAUUAUGCAUUGAGAUUAAACUGUUUGAAAAAUUUCGAUUGAUCAAAAUGUAAAGUUGUAAUUUUUCUGCAAUAAAGUUGUUUGAACCUG